GCAAACACACAACCGCCAAAUAAAACAUCUUCAAGUAGCUUUCUUGCUCAAAAGUAGUUGCUUUCCUCUCUUUCAACACUCCCUCUCCCCUUUCUCUCUCUCUCUUCUUCCUUUUCUGCUAUGGAUACUGCUCAGUGGCCACAGUCAAUUGGAGUCCCCAAAUCCGACUCCACCUCAAAACCUAACAAUGGCGGUGGACCGGAGAAGAAGCCGCGCCCGGAGAAGGAGCAAGCUCUCAACUGCCCGAGGUGCAAUUCCACCAACACCAAAUUCUGCUACUACAACAACUACAGCCUCUCGCAGCCUCGCUACUUCUGCAAAACCUGCCGGCGCUACUGGACCGAAGGCGGCUCCUUGAGAAACGUCCCCGUCGGCGGCGGAUCACGCAAGAACAAGCGCUCAUCUCCGCCCCUCGCGAAGAAGCCCGAUUUCACGCCUCAAAACCCUAAGAUUCAGGAAAGCCACGACCUCAAUUUGGCCUACAAUCCCUCCAAUUACAAUGCCAUCCCCGAAUUCGCCUCCCUCCAUCAAACCCUAGGAAACCCUAAUUCCGACCGCCACCACCCUAAUCUUCCGCUGAUGGAGCUGCUCAAGUCCGGGGGAGGAGGGCUGAGCUCCUUCAUGUCCGACGCCGCCGGAUUCCCCUCCUCGUCGGCGGGAUUUCCGGUGCAGGAUUUCAAGGGGUUUUCAGUGGAUGGAAUCGAUCAAUCGUUUGGAAAUAUGCAGGAGAAUCAGGCGUCGAGAAUUCUGUUCCCGUUCGAGGAAUUGAAGCCGGUAAAUUCGAAUCACGAUGAGUUUGAACAGGAGAGAGUGGUGGUGCAAGGUGAGAGCAAUGUUUACUGGAAUGGUAUGCUUGCUGGUGGCUCUUGGUGAAUGAAUGAAUGAUCAAAUCAAGAAAUAUGGUGGUGAGUGAGACUUGUAUCUGAAAUUUGAUUUGAUAUGAAUGAUGAGAAGCUAACAGCAGAUGAUAGGUUUUCCAUGUUCAUAGUUUGCUCUUUUUUUUAUGAAAUUUCCACUUGCUUGUUCAGUUUAUGUUUGGUUUCUUCUGUUGUUUGUUAAAAUGUAAUUCUCAGAUUUUAUUUUUGGGUUAGUUGUAUUUAUAUAUGAUGAUGAUUUGAUU